UUGACUUUUCAGUUUUCCCUUUCAUUUGUGGACGACUUGAUCAUUGUCAGAAACGAACCAGCUAGCCCGGGUGUUUAAGUAAGAAUGUGUGUCAAUCAGUUUAGGCAUGGGAUGCACUCCGUCGAAAUCUAAAACUACCUACACCCACAAUAAAAUCUGGAGAGACUUUGAUACAAGCUCCACCAUUCUUUCUGGCCUAAAAAGUUCUGUAUCGACUCCUGAAAGGCCACCUCAGCGAGCCUCUUUAGAAAGCAACAAAAUUGGUCAAAACCUUUUGAGUGUUCCUUGUCACGACUAUGCUGGUCGAAGAUUAAGCCAGUUGAGCAGUCCUGAUGUGUGGAGCCCAAUGUCCAGCCAGAGCAACAGCAGUCCCCUCAUCAAACCUCGACAAAGACUGAAAGCAAGCAGCAGUGAUAUGGACUCCUCUGACAGCGAAUCUCCUGGCCUUUAUAAAAGGUGAUAAGAUUUUUCUUGCCAAGUGGCACAUCGCCAAAGGUAGCUCUGAGGCUCUGUCUAGGAUAUCAGGUCUCAGUGCCAUGUCUAUUUAUCCCCAUGCCCCUGUGUAUCCUCUCGGUUUAAUUCCACUUGUUCAUGCCAGCUCAUCACACCUGCCAGUGACACCUGUGCCAAUAUAAAGGAGCCUGCCACUCCAAAGCAGACCUGUCUUUUGGAAGGAAAGAGGAAAAAUAGCCAUAUAAAAAUGAUGUUCAAUUGUCUGAUUUAUUUGCUGUUUUAUGUUCCUGGAGUAUUGUCUUAUUCAACAGGAGCUCCGAGUAUCCAGUGCAGAGACAUGAUGCCAGGUCAUGAUGUUCUAGCUUCAUCGAGCACUCCUGUCUACAAUGUUAGCAUCACUGUGAGCACCUACAGACCGGGCCAGACUGUUUCAGUAAAAAUAACGGGAGGUCAAUACAAAGGACUUCUUCUGGAAGCCAGGGAUGGACAUACUUCAAAUAUUGUUGGGAGCUGGAAUUCCUCCUCAAAUGCCAUCAAAUUUUUAAAUUGUGUCUCAAAAAAUGAUGCUGUGACACAUGCUGAUAACAGCCAGAAAUCAGACUUGGCUUAUCAGUGGAAGCCACCAAACUCCAAUCUUCCAAACACUGUCAUAUUUCAUGCAACCGUUGUUCAGAGUAAAGCAGUUUUCUGGACUAUGCUCAAAUCACCCAAGCUUCUUCUUGGUAAGUAUGUCCCAAAAUAAUAUUUUAAGAGGAGACAUGGAGAUACAAUGGAGGAAAUGUAGAAACUAUCAAUUAUUGUCUAUCAGGUUCUUCAGUAAGAUUCAGAAUAAA